AUGCUUGAUUCCUACUGCUUCAUCCCAGAGCUUGAAUCAAGUACGUGGUCUGUGCGGAGGAAGGCCAUGGCCCAUGCAUUAGCUUUGGCUGGCACCUCGUGCUAUUUCAUGAAUGAAUCCACCCAUGGUGAAAGACAUACGCCGCUCGCUCAUCAAGCCCAACAGACCAUGUCGACGGAGGAGCUGAUUCACGCCUACCGCAAGCUCUUCCGAGCUGGGCUACGGGCCGUAAAGUUCUCCAAGCCGGCGCGCUUCGUGGUCCGGGACCAGCUCCGCGCGGCCUUCCGCGAGGGAAACGCGAAAGACUUUGACCCGGACAGGGUGAAGCGUACGGUGUGGUUCCUCACGCUGGCGGGGGAAGGGAGCCGCCUAGAGCACAAGAUUGUGCAGAACCUGGUCAGGACGCAGUAUACUCGCCAGACGAUGGCGACGUCAACGCCGUGGAGGCUGCUGGCGAAGCGGCUGGACGACAAGAAGGUCCCGACGAACCCGGUCCAGGAGUCUGCGUUUGCAUACUACGACAUGACCAUCAAAAUGCUCAACGACUCAUUGGGCCUCUGUCUGCGGUACUCCUGCGCUGGUGCUGCACUGCUGCUUGCCGCCACCAAUCCAUACCACUACUGCCUACCACCACCGCCAGCUCGACUUAUAGCCGAGCUAUGCCAGGCCAGUGAGCCAGUCAUGAGCCAUCCAAUUCCUCGACAACUCUUCCUCUUCACCUCGCCUUGGUUCGAUUUUCUCCUUUUGCCAUUCUGCCAAGCGCCUUUGUCUCUUAAGACAACAUCCCGCCAGCUUCAAAUUCUAUUCGGAUCAGGCAAGCCUCCCAAGCUUUGGGGAUCCGACCAACCAAACCUCUCGGCCACCACCCCCCUCCGGCAAUCAACCCAUACGCCUGCUAGCUCCAAGGGUUGUCACCCCAGCUUCUUUCUCUCUCGUCGCACCCCGCAGCCAACCGUCCCUGCACCACAAUCCACCACCACAGCUCUUGGCCACGACUCUACAGAGCAUCACCAGCCUAGCGGGGGCUUCAUCGGGAACAUCUGCACACAGCGGGGUUUCUUGAUGGGCCCUUCCCCCGUCGUCCACGCCACCGAACCCUUCGUGCCGCGAACGAGCCGCGAAGGUCCAGCUCCCAGGAGCGGCUGCUCCGAGGAGGAGGAAGCGACUCUGAUCUUGCCUCCCCUCCUUCGCCGAGCACCCUCCCGGGCCACGGCAGCAGAACCAAUGCCCGCCGAGAUCUGCGAGCAUCAAGAUGGUACACCAACAAUACGACUACCUUCCCGCCGCCGCCCCAUCAUGCCUCCCCACGGCACCAGCGCGACCGAGCUGCAGCAGCAGGAAAGCAGCAGCAACAAGAAGAGCACCACCCACGACCAGAACCAAUCCUCCUCCUCCUCCAAGCCCAAGCCGAAACGAUGGGUGAAGCGCUACCGCACCGAGGUUUCGGCCAGCGCCUCGAGCGUCCUCAGCACCGUGGCCGCCUUCCCUCUCGACAGCGUCAAGACGCGCAUGCAGACCUACAAGUACAAUGGCUUCCUCGACUGUGUGCGUCAGACCUACCGGACCGAGAAGCUCAGGGGCUUCUUUCGAGGUGUGACCGCACCGAUGGCGAGCGUGACCCUCGUGCGGACCGUCUCCUUCUCGAUUUACCAGCGAUCCAAAUACGCCUACUCGGAUUGGCUCAAGAAGAAGUUCGGAGUGGAUGUGCUGAACCAUGUUAACACCAAGGGAACAUACCCCAACUUCUGGUCAAUAUCGUGCUUUGGCGCCGCGGGCGCAACCGCAGGAGCAUGCAUAACUGUCAUCGCCUGCCCGUUCGAGUUGACCAAGCUGAGCGCGCAAGUCUCGGUGUUGCUCUCGGAGCAGACGCACUGUCCAGACUCAAAAAGCCACAAGGUCGCAGCGAGUUAUCAGAACAAAGGCACUUUUAAGACGAUGGCCAAUAUUGUCAAACAUCGCGGCUUCUCGGGGCUCUAUACUGGCUUCGGCUUACACCUACGUAAGGCUUGCUUGAGGGACAGUAUCGGCACUGGCAUCUACUUCAUGACCUAUGAGAGUGGCAAGCAGCUGUUGACCACUUUUGGUGGCGAUCAUGCUCAUUCGAAUCCCUUGGCUGUUCUGGUGGCCGGAGGCCUUUGCGGUAUCGUUUCUUGGGCUAUGAUCUAUCCGAUAGACUCGGCCAAGAGCAUCUACCAGCGGAAUGCGUUGAUGUACUCCAAGGGCCAGAAGGUCAAGCCGGUCAAGGUCGAGUUCUUCAAGAAGCACAUGUACCGCGGCCUCGGCGUGUCCAUGGGCCGCUCGUGCGCCGUCAAUGCCAUCUUCUUCUCCUCGUUUGAGUUUUGGAAGAAGCACAUCAACGCGCUGCCAGACGACGCUUGA